AUGAUGAACGCCAAUCUCAACUUCAAACUCCUCACAAAAUCACUCUGCACCUCCACUCCCCAUUUCAAAGAUCAACUUCUCAUCCCACCCUUCACCUCUCUCCGAUGCGGAGCCAUUCUACAGUCCCUCACCAACACCAAGUCCCUCCCAAAAGGCCAGAAGCUCCACUCCCUCAUGGCCACUUCCGGCAACCUCCUCCACAACACCUACCUCACCACCAAACUCGCCGCUUUUUACGCCAAUUGCGGUCAAAUGCCCCAAGCCCACUUGCUUUUCGACUCUGUCUUGUUCAAAAAUUCAUUCUUGUGGAAUUUCAUGAUCAGGGGCUACGCUUGUAACGGGUUUGGACUCGAGUCGAUUGUAAUGUACCGUGAAAUGGUCAAUUUGGGUUCAAAGGGAGACAAUUUCACCUACCCAUUUGUUCUUAAAGCGUGUGGUGAUUUGUUGGCUGUGGAAAUCGGGAAGAGGGUUCAUGGUGAGGUGGUGGUUAGUGGGUUCGCUUCAAAUCUCUAUGUGGGCAAUGCCCUUCUUGCAAUGUACUCGAAAUUUGGGGAGAUGGGGUAUGCAUAUCAGGUGUUUGAUAAAAUGCCUGAGAGGGAUUUGACUACUUGGAACACGAUGGUUUCGGGGUAUGUGAGGAAUGGUGAUCCGAGGGAGGCGUUGGCGGUGUUUGAGAGGAUGGGGAGGUUUGGAGUGAGGGCGGAUGGGACGAGUUUGUUGGGAGUGGUUUCGGGUUGUGGUGAGUUGGUGGCGUUGAAGCUGGGGAAGGCGGUUCAUGCGUAUGUGGUUCUGAAUGGUGGUGAGGUGUGGAAUGAGUUUUUGAUGAAUGCGCUUAUUGAAAUGUAUUGGAAGUGCAGAUGUGUGGCGUAUUCGAGGAGGUUAUUUGAGAGGGUGGAAGUGAAGGAUACCGUGUCGUGGAAUACUAUGAUCAGAGGGUAUGAGAGGAGUGGUGAUGCUUUUGAAAGUUUAAGGCUUUUCUGUCUGAUGGUUGUGGAAGGUGUUGAGGUUGAUGAAGUGACGACUGUGACUGUGCUUACUAGUUGUGAUCAGAUCAGCGCCUUGCAAUUUGGAAUGUCUGUUCAUUCAUACCUUGUUAGGAAAGGGUUUGGUGCAAAUGUCAUGGUGGGAACUGCUCUAAUAGACAUGUAUUCUAAAUGUGGAAGUUUGUCUUGUUCGCGUCGUUUUUUUUAUGACAUGCCUAGAAAAAAUUUGGUUUCUUGGAGUGCUAUGAUUUCAGGAUAUGGAGCUCAUGGGAGGGGAGAAGAGGCUAUCUCUUGUUAUCAUGAACUCAUAGCAAACAAAUUUACUCCUGAUGAGGGGCUUCUUACUUCUGUUUUGACAGCGUGUAGUCAUGCAGGCCUAGUCAAUGAGGGUAAAGACAUGUUUAAUAGAAUGACCAGAGAAUAUAGAGUAAAGCCAACAGUUGCUCACUAUUCGUGUCUGGUGGAUCUUCUCGGCAGAGCAGGAUGCUUAGAUGAAGCAUAUGAACUCAUUAAGACUAUGGACGUAGAACCCAGCAGUGAUAUAUGGGCUGCACUUCUUUCUGCUUGCAGGCUACAUCGAAAUGUUAAACUGGCAGAGAUUUCAGCACAGAAGAUUUUUGAAAUGAACCCAAAAGGAGUGGGUAGUUACAUUUGUCUUUCCAAUAUCUAUGCUGCUGAGAAGCGAUGGGAUGAUGUUGAAAGAGUGAGAGCCAUGGUGAGAAAGAAGGGACUGAAGAAACCACCUGGCUGCACUUUUGUGGAGUUAGACAAGAUGGUUCAUCGGUUUCUAGUGGGGGAUAAAUCACACCCACAAACAGAAGACAUUUAUGCCAAGUUAAGAGACUUGAACCUGCGACUCAGGGAGGUUGGAUACAAGCCUGAUACCACUUCCGUGUUGUAUGAUGUAGAAGAGGAAGUAAAGGAGAAGAUGCUUUGGGAUCAUAGUGAGAGACUGGCAAUUGCAUUUGCCCUUAUUAACACAAGUCCAGGGACCACAAUCAGGAUCACCAAGAAUCUUCGUGUCUGUGUUGAUUGCCACACAGUAACGAAAAUGAUUUCUAAGUUUACAACUCGAGAGAUUAUAAUGCGAGAUAACCAUAGAUUCCACCAUUUUAGAGAUGGAAUUUGUUCUUGUGGUGAUUAUUGGUGA